GAGCAGAGCUCUGCGAGGAGAACAUCCCCAGGUACACCUGCUGCUGCAGAGAUGGUGCACGCAACCCCCUUCCUGCUGGUGCUCAGCCUGGCCAUGCUGGCCCCGGCCCUCUCCGCAAGGAAGUCCACUCCAGCCCAGUGUGUGCUGGACGGGAGAUGGACCGAUGACCAGAGUUCCAUCAUGACCAUCGAGCCAGUGAGCGCAGAAUGCGACCUCAAGGGCUCCUACGUCAGGGAUGUGCCAGAAACUGAGAACAAACUUGUGGAAUCGCCGCUGCUGGGGUACCGGGACUGCACAGACCAGACCCAGCCCAUCUUUGGCUUCACCGUCAACUGGAAAUCUUCAGAUUCUGUCACUGUGUUCACGGGCCAGUGCUUUGUGGGUGAGGAUGGAAAGGAGGUCUUGAGGACAAUGUGGCUCCUGCGGUCACAUGAGGACAGCAUCAAGGACGACUGGAAAGCCACCAAGGUCGGCACCACCGUCUUCACCCGCCAGAGCCAGGAGGAAGAGUGAGGGAGGCAGCCUCGGGGCUCCUGAGCCGGCUGCAGCCCUGCGGUGCCUGUGGCCCUGCUCCCCCAUUUGUAUCUCACAAUAAAGUUUCCUUGCAAGCA